AUGCCAGGAGCCGUGAUCGUGCACCACGCCAGGUACAAGACGUACCCUGGCGAGGUCACCGGCUACGUCUUCUACUCCUGUCUCGUCGCCUCCGUCGGCGGCUGCAUCUUCGGCUACGACAUCGGCCUCACCGCCGGUCUGACGUCGACGGAGUCGUUCUUGAUCAUGUUCUUCCCGGACAUCUACCGGCAGCAGAAGGAGCAGGUGAUCACGAACCAGUACUGCAAGUUCGACAGCCAGGAGCUGUCCCUCUUCGGCUCCUCGCUCUUCCUCUCCGCCGCCGUGGCCUCCCUCUUCGCCAGCCUCAUGGCGCGAACCAUGGGCCGCAAGUGGACCCUCUUCUCCGCCGCCUCCGCCUACGUCCUCGGCGCCUGCAUGGGCGGCGUCGCAACCACCUUCCCCAUCCUCCUCACAGGCCGCCUCCUCCUCGGCGUCGGCGUCGGCCUCUGCAUCCACGCUUCGCCGCUCUACAUCUCGGAGAUGGCGCCCGCUCAGCAGCGUGGGAUGCUCAACAUCCUGUUCCAGUUCAUGAUCACCAUCGGGAUCCUGUCCGCGAGCCUGACCAACUACUUUACCGCCAAGUUCAUCGGCGGGUGGGGCUGGCGCGUCGGGCUGGCCCUCGGCGCCGUCCCGGGCGGCGUCAUCGCCCUGGGCUCCCUCGCCAUCCCGGACACGCCCAUCUCCCUCCUCAGCCGCGGCGACACCGAGACGGCCCGCGCCGUGCUGUCACAGAUCAGGGGCAUCGGGCCCGACGACGUGCGGCAGGAGUUCGACGACCUCGUCUCCGCCUGCGAGGAGAGCAAGGCCGUGGUCAACCCGUGGCGUGAGCUCUUCAUCAGCGGGAGGUACAAGCCGCAGCUCGUCUUCGCGCUCACCGUGCCCUUCUUCCAACAGCUCACCGGCAUCAACGUCAUCAUGUUCUACGCGCCGGUGCUGUUCAAGACGAUGGGGUUCCGGCAGGACGCGUCCAUCGUGUCCUCCGUCAUCACGGGACUCGUCAACGUGUUCUCCACCUUCGUCGCCCUCUGUACCGCCGACAAGGUGGGCCGGCGUGCCCUGUUCCUGCAGGGCGGCACCCAGAUGAUCAUCUCCCAGAUCCUGGUGGGCACCUUCAUCGGGCUCCAGUUCGGCCUCAGCGGGACGGGGGCCAUCUCGGAGCAAUACGCCAUGUGCAUCGUGCUCUUCAUUUGCGUCUACGUGGCCGGCUUCGCGUGGUCGUGGGGGCCGAUGGGGUGGCUCAUCCCCAGCGAGGUGUACCCGCUGGGGGUGCGGUCGCAGGCGCAGAGCAUCACGGUGGCCGUCAACAUGUGCUUCACGGCCUUCAUCGGCCAGAUCUUCCUCACGCUGCUGUGCCACCUGAGGUUCGGCCUCUUCUUCUUCUUCGGCGCCUGGUUGCUGCUCAUGACGCUCUUCAUCGCCGUCGUGCUGCCGGAGACCAAGUGCGUGCCGCUCGAGGAGGUGUCGCACGUCUGGAGGAAGCACUGGUUCUGGAGGAAGUACAUCGUCGAUAGCAGCGCCGACGCGCGCGGCGCCGAGAUGAGGAAGAGGAUAGCGCUAGAGAUGAGCUGA